CAUAAUAAUACACGAAUGUACUAUGGUCUUCACGACAUCAUCUACAUCAAAAGAACUCACUAACCUUCCUUUCCAAUACAAAUCAAAGCAUCCUAUCCCAACACAGAACAAGUUGCAUCACCAUGAACCUCUUUCUCACCACCAUCGUCAUUGCGUGCGGCAUAUACUGUUCCACCGGAGAAACAGUCAUAGAGUCAAAAGCACAGCCUGAUUCAGUGGUUUGGAUCGUUCAGCUUUCCGAUCUUCAUUUCAGCGUUCAUCAUCCUAACAGAGCCCGAGACUUCACCAACCUUGUAGGCACCGCUCUUUCCAUCAUCAACCCCUCCCUCGUCCUCGUCACAGGUGACCUCACAGAUGGUAAAAGCGAGGAUUUGCUAACGAUGAAGCAGAAUGAGGAUGAAUGGGUGGAAUAUCGGAAUGUGAUGGAUGGUGUUAUUCAGAGAAGUGGACUUCACAAGAGUUUGUUUUUUGAUCUCAGAGGAAACCAUGAUGGUUUUGGUGUUCCUGAUGUUGGUGGUUCCUUUGAUUUCUUUUCUAAAUACAGUAUUAAUGGACGAUUGGGGAGAAAUGGGAGUGUCAAUAGUGUCACCAUUGAGACAAAGGAGCGGAAACAUCUCUUUGUUGGGAUUGAUACCACAAUGUCAACUGGCUUACGAGGGCCAACUAAUCUUUUUGGGCAUCCCACAGAUCAAUUACUAAAGGAUUUGGACUUGGAACUUUCACACUGGGAUUCUAUAUCGGAAAAACCAGUCACCAAAAUAUCCUUCGGGCAUUUUCCCCUCUCAUUUUCUGCAGCCUCUAGUUCUGGAAGAACCUUGAAAGAUGUUUUUCUAAAUCAUUCCAUAUCAGCCUACUUGUGCGGGCAUCUCCAUUCUAGGUUUGGCAAGAACUUAAAACGGCACCAUCAGUUGAGUAAUCGUUUUUUAUCCCUGCAGAAUUUUUUUCAGUUUAACGUACAUCAAAAUUCAUUUGAAAGCACUGUAAAUUGUUCAUUGAAAUCCCUUCCAAAAGACUUUUGGGAGUGGGAGAUGGGUGAUUGGAGAAAGAAUAGAGCCAUUCGAAUUUUAGCCAUUGAUAGAGGCCAUGUUUCAUAUGUUGAUCUUGAUUUCAAGUCAGGGGUCAAACAUGCAAUCAUAGUGCCAACUUUUCCUUUAGACUCUCGCUUCAUGCAGACAUCUUCAUGUCAUCAUAACUAUGAAUGUCAAACUGCGGCCUCUUCAUCUUACGAGACAAUUCGGGCUUUGGUAUUUUCUGUUUCUCCACUUGAGUCUGUUGUUGCUAGGGCCUAUGAUUCACGGUCAGGAAAUCUUGAAUUAGUUAUAGAAGCCGUUAUGACCAAGCAUGCUGAUGAGGGGAACCUCUAUUUUGCUCCAUGGAAUUACAAAGCCUUUGAGGAUAUUUCUCCUAAUAGAUUUUGGCUUCAAAUUGAAUCAAAUGACAUCAUGGGUAGAUCAACUAUGACCGAAUUAAGACCAUUUUCUAUUAAUGGUCAUAGCUUCAAGAUUUCUUGGAGCUGGAAGGAGUUUUAUGUCAUGGGAUGUCAAUGGGCCUCCUUAUAUUAUCCAAUAUUAUGGUCUUCUCUGUGCUUUAUGUUCUCCUUUCUUAUUGUUCCUAAAGCUCUCCUUGUUUUUCAAAAGAAUAUAUAUACUUACAGGAACUUUAUCGCCAAUAAAGGCUUAGUAAAUGGCGUAUUAUGGAUUCUCCAGGAGCUAUGCAGGGUUCAUACAUUAUGGUUUGGUUGGAUAGGAUACUUGUUCUAUCUUAUAUUGUUCCCCUGGUUUAUGGGGCAAGUUUUUACAGAAGGGAAGAAUAUGGUGUACAUGACUUAUAUGGGUUGGGCUUUAGAGACUUCUAAUGGAAAGGGGAAGCUUGAGUUUGUUGGAUCACCGGAUAUUAUGGUGUUGGUUCUUCCUCAUAUAUUAUUUGUUGUUUUGCCUGCAAUUUUGGUCACUGCUGCUCUGACUGCUGAAAGAGCAAUUUACCGGGAACGAGUGUUGGCAUUUUCAGGGAAGAAAGAAGACGAUCUUGGUUCAGAUUCUAGAAAAUAUUUAUCAAAUAGAAACCACAGCGGCACAAUAUCUACUUUCCACCUUGGCAAGCGAAGGAUCCGUAUGCUUCUUUCUGUGUUUUGCUUGGCAAUAUGUUGGAAGCAUUUUAUGAACUGCAGAACUCUUGUAAAAGCUUAUGAUAUUAACCCAGUACUCCAUUUACUGGGUUAUGGUCUUGCAAUCCCCUUGUUAUUGGCAUCUGCUGUCAGUGAAACCAGGAAUGCCUAAUGAAUAAACUUGUUAGAAGGGUUCACAGAUUCUCGUCUCGGACCAAAUCUGCCCCCAAGGAUUCUAUACAAGAGCACACACGUGUGCACGGGAUCAGUUCUAAAAUUGAUCGAAACUAGUGGGGGGUCGACAGAUAUUCGACACCGGGGAACAGGCAACAGGAGCGCUGGUUUGACAAACCAUGCCUGUAAUCUGCCUUUGGUUCUCAGUCUACCAACCCAAAUGUACCAUUCUUAAUGGUGAUAUUUCUGUUGUUUGUACUCUAAGGUCUUGUUUAGUUUAGGACUUUACUGUUAGAAGAAAGAAGAGGGCAUUGCACUGCAAUAUGCACUGUGUUUUGUUGGUUUUGCAGGGGUUGAAGAAGGAUGCAAGAAAGUUGUUAUAAUGGCCGAGUCACUUUACAAAAACAAGUUAAAACUUGUAUUUAUAGAAUGUUUAUUUACUACUGAAUUGUGGUGGUGUUGUGACUUAAUCACUCUCUUAAAAAAAAACUAUCAUUGCGGAAGCUCUAAUAGUUUUUACUUUUUACUCAAA